AUGUCUGCUCGCACGAUGCUUCGACGCGUGCCGCUCCGUCAUGUCUCAUUCCGUCGUUACAUCUCGACUCGCGAUAUGACGGCUGCAGAUCUAAAGAAGCUCAAGGUUGAUCAGCCCCGAUUGAUGGACACUCUUCACGACACUUGCAAAUGGGGAACCGGAAUCAGAUGGGGAGAAAACCCGACCGACACAGGAAUGUCACGGCUGGCACUUUCGGAUUCAGAUAAAACAGUGCGCGACUGGUUUGCUGAAACUACAAAGUCUCUCGGAUGCAAAGUGACCGUUGAUUCAAUUGGAAACAUCUUUGCAAUUCGACCUGGCCGCAAAGAUGGUCCCCCAACUGUGGCUGGAAGUCAUUUGGAUACCCAGCCCACCGGCGGUCGAUACGACGGUAUCCUCGGCAUCCAAGCAGGGAUCGAGAUGCUCAAGCUUCUCCGAGACCACGAUGUCGAGACAGAAUACCCUGUCGGUGUGGUCAAUUGGACAAAUGAGGAGGGCGCGCGAUUCCCAAUCAGCAUGAUGGCUUCUGGUGUUUGGGCUGACGCAAUCUCGGAAGAGAGAGCCCACAACUUGAAGGAGGUAUCCGGCAACGCAACAGUCAAAUCCGAACUGCAGAGAAUUGGGUACCUCGGCGACACGCCUGCAAGCUACAAGGCCAUGCCAAUCGGGGCGCAUUUCGAGCUUCACAUUGAACAGGGACCGAUUCUCGAGAGGGCUGGAAAGAAGAUUGGGGUCGUGCAAGGUGUUCAGGCCUACAAGUGGUUCACCAUCGACAUCACUGGACGAGAUGCCCACACUGGCUCGACGCCUUUCUCUGACCGGGCCGAUGCUCUCCUACUUGCUGCACGAUUGAUCACUCACUCUCACCGACUGGCGACAAAGCACAACGCUCUUGCGUCGACUGGCAUUCUGAACCUCACUCCAGGCAGCACAAACACCAUUCCCGGCCACGUCAGCUUCACUCUCGACAUUCGCUCUCCAACCGAUGAGACAGUCGAGAAGCUUGAAGCGGAGCUGCGCCGCGACUUUGAUCUGCUGGCCCAGGGAACAGAUGUGGACGGAGUACUGGCUGGCUCAACUCCUGCUCUACCGCUGUCCCUCAAAUGGCGAACCGACACAAUCUCAACUGCGACGAAAUUCCAUCCAGAUUGCAUCCAAGCAGUCAGAGAAUCCGCCGAGUCCAUCCUUGGAAAAGAUGCUGCUGUUGACAUCUCUAGCGGCGCUGGUCACGACAGUGUCUACACAAACAAGCAUUGCCCCACGACCAUGAUCUUCAUCCCAUGCAAAGGGGGCGUCAGUCAUAACCCGGAAGAGUACUCGUCUCCUGAAGAGUGCGCAAUUGGAGCAGAGGUCUUGUGUCAGGCAGUCGUCCGAUAUGAUCAGAAGAGGGUAUAG